AUGAAGAUGAAGGAGGUUGUUAGCUGCACACACUCAGGUUGUCACUGUGAGCGUUUCCUGCCGGGACGAAGAAACAUCAGGUCAUGUGAUCACUGCGCUCACGGGUGGGUCGAUCACGCGGUCAGUAAGGUGUGUGUCCCGCAGGUGUGUUCAGCACAGGUGGAGAUCGUGCAGUGUAGUGUGGUGUUCGACAUCAGCAGUCUGAUCCUGUACGGCACACACUCUCUGCCCGUGCGCAUGAAGAUCCUGCUGGACCGCCUGUUCAGCGUCCUCACACACACACAGGUGCUCAACAUCAUACACACGCUCGGCUGGACACUCAGAGACUACGUCAGAGGAUACAUGCUGCAGGACUCUACGGGGAAGGUUUUGGACCGCUGGAUCUCCAUGAGCCCAGACGAUGAAGUCGUGACUUUGCGGCAAUUUCUACGUUUUGGAGAAACCAAAUCUAUAGUAGAGCUCAUGGCGGAGGAGAGUCCAGAAACAAAGCCCAGAUCUGCAGAGCACAGCGCCUGCUUUAAACCCAAAGACAAACUGCACCACUUUGAGGAUCUGCCUGGAGAAACCAUGGCAUUCUUCCAGCCAUACCACUAUAGCAGUCCACAUGCAGCAGUUUCAGAGCGUCAUCCGGCAGCACAAAAUCUACAGCGCCUGAGCGGACACAAGCACAGCCAAAGAUCAAGACGCAUGCUAAUACGCUCCACAAAGCCUCCAAAACCCGAUGUGGAGGCAGAUUCGCCAAGCGGAGAUUCUUCUGGAACACAAGAGCGCUCGUCUCUGAGUAAAGGUCGAGUGAGCUGCGAUGCCUGCGCCAAGACGUUCUACGAUAAAGGAACGCUGAAGAUUCACUUUAAUGCGGUGCACCUGAAGAUCAAACACCGCUGUACUGUCGACGGCUGCAACAUGAUGUUCAGCUCGCUGCGCAGCCGCAACCGCCACAGCGCAAACCCAAACCCACGACUGCACGCGACGGCAGAGCACGCGGCGCGCCGAUUCACUGCUCAACCUCGCCAUCCUGUUUUACACGUAAAUACUUUCGCAUGUUUCCAUGGCAACCAGUGAUAUUGUAUCGACCGAGCCACAGAAGCAACUUCCAGGCAUUUGUAAAGCUCGGGAAAUCUCAGGAGGAGGAGCUAUGGACUGUUUAGCCAAUCAGAAUGAUGCGAUCGACGUGACGCCAAAAAAGAAGUCGCGUAAGUCCAGCACGCCGCUGAAGAUCAGACGCGAUGAAGAUGACGACGAUCAGUGCAUGAUAUCACCAAGGCAACCAUUCUACAGUCUCCAUGGCAACCAGUCACUCGUUAAAAACACACGUACGCAGUACGACUACAAACACCUUCGUAAAGUGGAGUGUGGUUACCAUAGCAACAGCCACCACAUGGGGGAGAGAAACGAUUGGAUGCAGAGAGAGAUUACAGAAUCACAUGACAAAUGUAAAGCAAGAUGCCGAGCGCUGCUUAAGGUCAAAGAGGAGC